AUGGCUCCCAACACGACCACUUCGACAAAGAAAUCUAACCUCGCAAAUCUCAAGCUCACAUUGCAAAGCCCCAUCACUUUGGAUGAUCGCGCCUGGAAAUACCAACUUCCAAACCUUCCUCCUGCCCGAGAGCUUGACCAGAGAAGGCUCAUCAAGACGGUUAGCCUGGUUACGACAAGAGGACGAAGCGAAAUCGUGCUGUCUUUCGAAAAAGCAGAAGACAACCGAGCCAUCAGGGGGGAUCCGCUCAAUAAGUUCCUUGUGGUUUCCCUCGCCGAGCUCCGAUCUCCACCCCGAUCACAACAGCAACCGCAGGCCCAAGGAACGACGAAGCCCGCCUCCCCCUUGCAGCCCCUGACGCCCAGAGAAUGCGCCGACUAUGUCCACCAGGAUCCUCAGAACGGACGGUCGCGAAGAAGGCUAAGCGGAUCGGCCUCUUAUUCUCCACGGCCAAGGCAGCCAUGGCCAUCUCGCCGGAACCGAGUUGAGGAUAUUCCCGAUAUCGAGACCGCCGAUUAUAUCUUCACCGACGGCUGCGGUCUAGUUGCUCCCAAACUGGCUCAAGAGCUAGCAAGGAGAGUUGGGAUCGUCUUCAGAGACCGCCGAUACACCCCUUCUGUCCUGCAAAUCCGAUACCGUGGCUACAAAGGAGUGGUCACCGUCGACCCAACCAUGGCGGCAGACAAGAAGUAUUUACUGAGGAUGAGGAAGUCCAUGAAAAAGUUUUCUGGGGGCGACGACCACUCGUUCUCUGUUGUUGAGCACUCAAAACCAUACACCUAUGGCUACCUCAACGACGAAGUCAUCAUCCUCCUCGACGCGCUUGGUGUAGAUCGCGCUGUGAUCAAGCGAAAGCAGGAGGAACACUUCCGUUUUCUCGCCGACGCCACCCAAGACCCGAGGUCCGCUUUCCGCUUUCUCUGCUACGUCAACAUGCCGCAGCUCGCCGAGCGGGUGUUGAUGGACUCGCUAGAGUCUGUUCGACCGAGAAUCCAGGCCCUUGUCAAAAACGAGUAUGCCAAGAUGCUCAACAAGAGGGACGAGCAGAAAUGCCGGAUCCUGCUACCCAAGUCGAGGCUCCUGUUUGGGGUAUGUGAUGCUUGGGGUGUCUUGAAGGAGGGGGAGUGCGCUGUCAAGAUCACCAUGGACGGGGACGGUCAGCCUGCCGCGUUGAAGGGGUGCGACGUCCUGGUCACGAGAAACCCGUGCCUUCAUCCGGGCGACAUGCAGAAGUUCAAAGUCGUGGAGAAACGGGAGCUGGCCCACUUGGUCGACUGUAUCGUCUUCUCCUCCCAGGGUCGCAGGCCAGCGGCAGACUUGAUGUCCGGGGGUGACCUGGACGGUGACACCUUCUUCGUCUGCUGGGACAGCGACAUUGUCCCGGCCACCCUGUCGCAACCAGCACAGUACCCUGGCGCCAAAGAACGCCUGAGGUUCGAGCCCAUCACGGAUGAUGACCGUCUCGAGUACUUUGCCCGUUACAACAACGCAUCACUGGGCCGUGUCAAGAACCUCUACCUCGACUGGGCUCGGGCGCGUGGGGCCAUGGCGGAGCAAUGCCAGGAGCUCAACCGGCUUUUCUCCCAAUGCGUGGAUGGCAACUUCAUCAGGAUACCCCAGAAGCUGGAGAAGGCCCCGCCGCCAUCGCAGGAUGCCCCGCCUUUUAUUCUCGAUGAUAUCCAUGAUGCUGCUAAGCAACUUAUCCAACAAGCUACGACAUCGAACCGCGGAAGAGCGCUGGACGACUAUGACUUUGAUGCUGUCGAGCUGCUCCUAAGUCGCGAGGACAUCGCCGUCUCGGAGUAUGAACUUCUCCGCAUGACCUUGCGGUGGUGUCGCAAGAAUGGGGCUCGGCUGGAGGACCUGCUUCACCUCUUUGAUCUAAAUGUCUUGACUAGUGAGGAGAGGGCAUGGGUCCUGCAGCAACUUCCAGCCUCACAGGAUAUCCCGGCACUGGUACGGAAUGCUGUCCGGUCUUCCAGCCUCCUCCCCGAGGCAGCUGCUUCCCGGUUCCAGCUUAACCACCACGGCGUUCAAUGGAAACGCGUUUUCGAUUCCUCACAAGACCGGUUAGCCACAUUUCUGGACACCGCCAGCAAGACAAUGGGGCUUUUUCACCGCAAGCUGCUCGUCCUGCGUGUCGAUGAGCGGCUCACGCUCGCCAUCUACGUCCCGCGGAUCAUUGAGCUUGCGCAGGACUCGCUUGUCGACGACACGGUGCGGCUGUUCGCAUUCCCGCACACGCAAGGAACAGAGACCCAGAGCCGGAUGUCCCUCCCCACCAAGAUGACAUACCAGCUGUACUGCGAUGUCGGGGCCUUCCAGCUCUUUGAAGGGCAGCGGGCGAAUACCUGGAUCUACAUCGCGAGGGGUCGGUCCGACGACAGCUCGUAUCGGAACACCGAGAAUGUCAGCGACCGGCGGAGACAACGCCAAGAGACUAUCGACAGCGGGAAGAAUUUCGACUACCGCGUCAGCAUUGCGCUCAACAAGUUCAGCAGUGGCCUCCAGAGGCAUGUUGGGAGGGUCAACCGGAACGGGCUAUCUGCCGCGGAAAUCUAUGUCAUCAGUAACAGAGACGUCAAGUCGAUGCGGACUCUGGACCUCUGGCUGGAACACAUCGAGACUGAAACGAGGCUUCCGCUGUUUGACAAGGAAAUCGAGGAGUAUACUGUUCCCAGCCUGGCAGGCGUUGACUGGGAUUCGGAACCGGAUCAUAUCGUUGACAUUGCCCGGCGCCAAGAUAUGUCAGCCUUCAAGAGGCUGGAAACACCUGAGCAAUUCAGGGGAACUUUUAGAUGGCUCCUCGCACAUUCCCAAUCCCUUUUGUUACGGGCCUUCGACUACCUCCUCUCCACUAUGAGGAACGGGGGCUUCGUUAAUAUCUCGCCGAGUGACCUUAUGCCGAUAAUGAUUGCCUUUCUCAAGUCCGCGCCGUUUCUCGCCAUCAGCUUCGGUCGGAUGGACGCUGUCGAGCCCGGAGACGAGCACAUCGACAAUUUGCAGUUGGAGGUCUGGUCGGUAGAGAUCCUCCGCGGCUACAUCCUGUCAGCAAACGAAGCACAGGAGCUGGUUCUCGCUCCAUUGCGCUCAUUCCUGUCCCGAGUUCGCGGCUUGACAUUUGACAGCUUCGCCAACCUCGUUGAGCUCGCCGCAUUAACUGUGCGUCAACCCGAAAUUGCCGAGGACAUCCUCCUCGAAGGGUUCGAACGGGAGAGCGCUCGUCUUCUCCCCGGCCGGCCCGCUCUGGUCCGCCACUUCGUCCACAAUACCAUCGCGAUUGCCUUGGAUCACGUCGGGGAGGCAUCGGAGCAAGCAAAGACGAGACAAGACUUGCUGCAGUUGAAGCUCUUGCCCGAGGACCGUGACGGGUACCAGGUCGUCGAGAUCAUCUUCCGAAUCGACUCGGUCGGCGGCACGCCUGAGAACGCGGCGCAUGUACGCCUGACUGCGGCAACAGCGCCCGCCAACUCAAUCCUCGCCAAACCCUACUCUAUCGAUGCUCUGGUCAUACGCUCUGAGCAGGGCCUGGCUCAGUUCCAAUGCUUUCAUCCACUCCCUUCCUUCUACGAGCGGUGCCCGUGGAAGUUGGAGUAUUGCGGUCCGUUCACCACAGCCAAGACCAUGUUCGACGCGGUGCGCCGCUUCGCUGUCGACUUUGAGGACUGUUGCGAAGUAGCGAAUCAGAUUCUUUUGGGGGACGUCCCGGGGUCUCGCCCCGAUCUGGAUAUCAACACCAAACGGGUCCUGCACGACUACCCCCACAUGGAGAAAUUGAAUGCUAGUCAGAACGAUGCAGUCCAGGCCGCGCUGAACUCACCUGUCACUUGCCUCUGGGGCCCGCCCGGGACAGGAAAGACGGAGACCAUCGUCGAGAUCAUCCGCGCUCUCCAGAUUUGCUUCGACAAACCGAGGAUCCUAGUGACAGCCCCAACACAUAACGCCGUAGACAACGUGCUGAGACGGUACAUCGGGCGGGUGAGCGCAACGGUUCAAGCCAGCAAUCCACAUCUCACCCCGCUGCGCGUCUCGACUGAGAUCAGAAAGGUCGCUGAAGACCUCAGGAAGUACACGUGCGACGCUAUGGCGGGUCAGGAGAUCCACGCCAACCGCGCGGCGAUGGAUCAGGCCAAGAAGAGGGUCAAGCAAUGCUGCAUUAUCUUCACCACCUGCAUCGGCGCGGGCAUUGGUCUCCUCCGCCCCGAGGUUUUUGACAUCGUCAUCGUAGACGAAGCGUCCCAGCAGACGGAGCCAGCGUCGCUGGUCCCGCUGGUCAAAGGCUGUCAGAAAGCCAUCCUAGUCGGCGACCACGUCCAACUCCGGCCGACCGUGCACCAGCACUCCCUGGCCAUAGACUUUGACAAGUCUCUCUUUGAGCGGCUCUACACGGAGCAAUAUCAACCAACCACCACCUCCACGGUGGCAGCUGCCAACUCCUCCCCACUCGCCUCCCCGCCUUCCCUCGCCCACCUGAUGCUCGACACACAAUACCGCAUGCACCCCUCGAUCAGCGCCUUCCCCUCAGCCGAGUUCUACUCGCACCGCCUGCGAACAGGCAUCCCAGCGAGCGCGCGGCCACUACUCUUUCGGGUCGGCAUUUCCAUGGCCAGCACGGACCCCAGGUCCCCACGGACCCGACCCUAUACCCCGAAGACGACGACCACGGCACCGACAACAUCGCCCGGAACGUGUUCAUCGACUGCGCGGCGCGCGGAAGACCUCGGUGGAAAGUCCAAGACUAACCGUAGGGCCAAGCCGAGCUUCUGCGCGCGCGUGUGCCGCCUGCUGCUGAAACCACAACCCACUCCCACCACCACGAAUCCCAACACCACCACAAAACCCAACACACCCCCAAACCCCACCUCCUUCACCCCCACUUUCCCUAACCAUCGCGAUCUUUAUUCCAUUACACCAGACAAGUGGGACCUUCCUCCGCCGCCUCCUCAGUGCCAAAAAUUCUGGGGCGUCGAAGUGUCUAGCAUCGACGGCUUCCAGUGGUUUUUAUGUCUUUUUUUGUUGUGUUUGUUGUAG